GCCAGCUGGGCGGGGCAGGGCGAUGGGCAGAGACAGGACUGGCCCGCUGAGCAAGACAGAGCCUGCGCCUGCGGCCUGUGCACCCUCAGCUCCGCCAUGGACAGGCAGCGCCCUGGACGGCCGCACAGCCUCACUUCCUCGAGCCGGACUUCCUCAGCCAUGUCCCACAACCCCAGAAUCCUCCCCCUUAUCUCGGCCUCUGAGAGGAUUCCCUCACCCCAGGAGCUUGCCCACAGGGACAGGCCAAAGCACCCUGACACCAUCCUGCUGCACAAGUCGGAGAGCAGCCAGGCCGCACUGGUGCCCCAGAAGCACGGGAUGUUCAUGGAAGAAGCCUACAAUGCCGCCAUCUGCUUCAAGAUGCUGCGGGAUGUGAAUACCUCAGACUCUGUCCACCUCAACAACGUCAUCAAGAAGCUCACGACCAUGGCCCACAUGUCCCCCGACUUGGUGGUGGAAACCAUCCACAGCUACUUCAGAGACAAUCCAGAGAUCUCCGCCCGGCAUACAUUCCGGCUGUUCCAGGUGCUAGAGGCCGUCAUCAGAGCCAGCGACUCCCUAGAGGAGACCUGGGAAAAGACCUUCAUGCAGCUGGCCCUGGAGAACAUGACCAAGAACACGGAUCUGGAGGACGCAUACCAGGACGCGGCCAGCAAUGUGCUGGUGGCCAUCUGCAAGCACUCGUGGCAGGCGGUGGUCCGGCUCCUGGAAACAGAGCUCCUGACCGGCGUCUUCCCGCACCGCAGCAUCCUCUACGUCAUGGGCAUGCUGUCUUCCGCCGAGGGGCUGUUCACCCAGGAGGACAAGGCCUGCUGGGAAGAGAAGCUGACCCAGAUGGCCGUCAAGUCUGUGUCAUUCCUGAACUCUGAAGCGUGGUGCAAGGAGCUGCUGUGGGCGCUGACCAAGCCCAGCUGGACCCAGCAGGAGCAGAGCCCAGAGAAGGCCUUCCUGUUCACCUACUACGGGCUGAUCCUCCAGGCUGAGGAGAACAGCAUCAAGGUCAGGACACACCUGCAGGCCCUCCUGGAGACCUCGCACCAGUGGCCCAAGCAGAGGGAGGGCAUGGCGCUCACUGUGGGGCUGGCCGCCGCCCGGCACCUGGAUGACGUCUGGGCCGUCCUGGACCAGUUCGGCCGCAGCAAGCGCGUCAGGUGGUGCCUCCACCUCUUCUCUGUGAAGGGCCAGACCCCGGGGGACCUGCGCUGGAAGUGGGCUGGCAGCACGAUCCUGCUCGCGUACGGGCAGGUGGCCGCCAAGGCCAAGGCCCACAUCCUGCCCUGGGUGGACAACAUCCUCUCCCGGAUGAUCUUCUACUUCCAGCACAGCUCCUGGGACGAGACCCUGAGGCAGAGCUUCCUCACAGCCACCCUGACACUAGUGGGGGCCAUCAGCCGGACCGAGGGCGCCCACAGCUACGAGUUCUCACAGACCUCGGAGCUCGUCGAGUGUCUCAAGGUGCUGAUGGAGAAGGAGCCUCCGGAUGUGCUGAGCAUGCCAAGCCGCUGGCAGACCCUGCACCUCCUUGCCGGCCUCUGCAAGCUGAGACCACCCAUGGGCCUGGACAAGAAGUCGCAGCUGCUCACCACCUGCCUCCACGGCGUGUUCGCGUUGCCGCCCCUUGACACCCUGCAGAAGCAUUCCUGCCUGUUCCUGGACCCGCCCGACAUUCAGACGCUGUACAGCCGCACCGCCGAAGCGCUGGACACCAUGCUGCAGAGCUUUCUGCUGCAGAGCCCCUCGGCCAACGAGCUGCACUUCCUGCUGUCGCACCUGUACAUGUGGCUGGUGUCAGAGAAAGCCCACGAGCGGCAGCGGGCAGUGCACAGCUGCGUGGUCCUCCUGCAGUUCUUGAACCACAAGCUUGCCCUGGAUCCCAAGGAGGACUUGAAGCGUGUCGGGCAGCUGGUGGGCAUGCUGGGCAUUCUGUGCCAGGACCCCGAUGAAGUCACUCGGGGCUGCAGCCUGCAGGGCCUGGGCCACCUCUACCAAUUUCUGAUGCGCCACAAAAACGCUGAGUCCACCCCAGCCCUGCCCUGGCUCCCAGCCGGAGAAGCCUUGCAGGUCACAGCCCAGACCCCAAAGGCGCUCUCCCAGCGUGAUGUGCAUGGGGCCACCCUCUGGAGCAGCGGAGACCAGCGGACCACCACCCCAGUGCCCCCGGAAUUCCCAAAAGUCAUCCCCCAGGGCAUCAAGCCACAGGACAUGAUGCAACACCUCACGGUGGUAGAGCUGACAGACCUCGCCUGGACAGCCAUUGACAACCUGUGUGUACCCAGACCUGCCCACGUGCAGGCUGCUGCCGAGAUCCUGCGCACGCUCAUGAAGGAGCAUGGUGCCAAGCUGAAGCAUGUGGCCAACAUGGGCCGGGCUAUCUACCUGCGCCUCUACUCUGUCCAUGCCUCCCGAGCCAAGGAGACAGCACUGCAGGCAGUCACCCUGCUGGCCAGGAGCCACACGCCUGACCUGGUGGAUGCCUUCCUGGACUUCUCCCGGCCACUGGACAGCCACGCCGUCCGCCUGUGGAGGGCCCUGGGGGCUGAGCAGCCUGUGAGCCGUGUGGUGUUGGAAGUGCUGCUGGCCUGGCUGCAGAAGCGGCCCCUGCCUAGGGGGGCUGGCGGCCCCCGGCGCUCCAAGAAGACCUAUUUGCGCUCGCUGGCCGCCAUGAACACACUGCAUGAACUCCAGUUUGCCCGCGAGUUCAAGCAAGCGGUGCGGGACGCCUACCCCAAGCUGUUCCUGGCCCUGCUCACCCAGAUGCACUACGUCCUGGAGCUGAACCUGCCGGCCGAGGCCCUACCCCAGCAGCAGGCCCCGGAAAUGGCAGCACCCAGUCCCCAGAACACAUCCGUGGAGGCCCUGAAGAGCCUGCUGUCCACCACGGGCCACUGGAACGACUUCGCACACCUGCAGCUGCAGGGGGCCUGGGAAAACUUCACCUCCAUGCACACCUACCCUAUGGGCGUCGGCCUCCUUGCCAGGGCCAUGGUGGAGAACCAGUGCCAGCAGCUCCAGGCGGUGCUGAGCCAGCUGCUGCCCAGCCUGCAGAGCCAGGAGGAGCGGGAGAGGAAAGCAGCCAUCCUCAUCCUCACCGAGUUCCUUUACAGCCCCCUGCUGUCGGAAGUGCUGCCCAGGCAGGCCGCCCUGAGCGUGCUGGCACGCAGCCUCAGAGACUCCAGCCCAGAUGUGCGCGUGUCCAGCCUGCAGGGCCUGGGCAACGUCCUCUUCCACCCGGAAAAGGGAGCCCUGCUCCGCGGGCAGCUGCCGCCCUUCCUGAACGGAUUCUUCCAGAACAGCGAGCCGGUGGUGGUGCGCCUCAUGGGCACCGUGUCGGAAGUGCUGCAUUGCCUGGGCCAGCAAGGCGCGGGCGCCCAGAGCCUCCGUGUGGCCCUCAAAGCCCGCUCUUUCUUCGACGACGAGCGGGACACGGUUCGGGCAGCGGCCAUGGCACUGUUUGGGGACCUGGUGGCAGGGAUAACAGGCAGGGAGACCAGCGACCUGCGCAACCAGGUGCACCAAAGCAUGGUGCCCCUGCUCUUGCACCUGAAGGACCAGUGCCCAGCUGUCACGAAGCAGGCCAAGUUCGCCUUCUACCGCUGCGCUGUGCUGCUCCACUGGCGGUUACAGCACACCCUCUUCUGCACGCUGGCCUGGGAGAGGGGCCUCAGCGCCCGCCACUUCCUCUGGACCUGCUUGAUGAGCGGCAGCCAGGAAGAGUUCGGCAUCCACCUGACGCAGGCCCUCAGCUACCUGCACAGCAGCCACCGCCACAUCAAGACCUGGGCUGCCCUCUUCAUAGGCUACACAGUCUGCUACCACCCCCAGGCCGUGUCCCACAUGGUGAGCCAAGUGGACCUCAAUCUGCUACUUCACACUUUUGAAGACCUCAAGAGAGACCCGGAGCCGGGCACCCGUGAGUUCGCCAGCAGGCAGCUUUCCUUCCUCCCCAAGGUGUGGGCGCGGACCCAGCCCUGACUGCAGCCCUGCCCCCAGCCCCACC